AUGGUAUUUUCGAAGGAAUUAGGUUACGAUCCUGAUGAGUGGGAGGAAUGUUCAGAUUCAGAUCAAUUCAUGCUGUUUGGUUUUACCACUAGAAUGUUUCUUUCUCUUACUUCUGUUAUUCUUACGAUUCUCUUUUUCUGGUUUCUUGAAGCUCGAAAACAACUUGAUAAAACACGUGAAGCGGAAAAUCUUCCUCCUACGAAUAUGGACAAAGAAAUCGUGGAUGAAUUGGAAGCGGUAAAGGAAAGGUUGGAAAAACUUGGAAAAUUGAGGCAAAUGGAAGCAAAUUUCAGCAAGGAGGAAACGGAAGCAUUAGAGGAAUGGCAACGGGAAGUGGCACGAAUAGAGGAAUUACGAUUACAGGAUUUGGUUGAACAUGUAAUCGAUGCAUCCGAAACGAUGUUUAUGGCUGAAACGGAAUCUCAAUUUACCGAUCGUCUUUUACCUGCUGAUCAAAUAUCAGUGAAAACAGAUAGUGCCGAAGCAAAACAGUUUGAGGAAAUUCAAAGGAUAAUAGAUCAAACACCUUCACAGAUGUCACCAAACAAAUUUGCCGUUCCAGCCGCAGUUCAGUCGGCAGCUUACACAGAAGAUGUUAUUGCCAGCAUUCAGGAUGCAGCAAGUACUAUUGUAAUAGGCAGCGAGCGAGAAAAUGGGAGUGUUAGUACUACGAAUGAUUGGGAAGCUCUCGCUCAAUCGGAAUUUCCCGUUGAACGAGUUCAAGAUUUUGUUUACAAACCGAAUGAUAACGAAGUGAGCGAUCAGAAUAUUCAUACAUCAAUUGAAAACGAUGAUGAUUUUGUGAAAGUUUAUAAGGAUAAGCUACAAAAGAGUGAUACUGCAAUGCUACAAGAAGGAAGUCAACAAACGACUGGCACAACUCUUCCUGAUAUCACUAUUCAGAAAACAUUGGAGGAAAGACAACAACCAAUAAUAACUGAGUUGUUAUCAUCUGAUCAAUUAUCUGUUGCAAUGACUGGAGCGGAUUACAUCACAGAAGAAAAUCAACAGCAAAAGCUAUUACAGAAACUUGAUAAGGAAACAUUCGAAUUGAUUCCAACAACAACUUUAACGACAAAACCAAUAGAAACUGACCAAAUACAUACACCAAUUGCGCAAACAGCUGAGAAAGCAUUGACACUGAAAGUGGCCGAUGAUAAUAAUAUGAUGAAUGUAGAUGGAAAGCCUGUACUUCCCACCACAAUCACAGAAGAUCAGCCACUUACGGAUGAAGAAUGUAGACGAUUAGUGGAAGCGGAAAUAUACAUACAAGAUGCCAUCGAUUAUGUGGCCAGUGAGAUUCGUUCCGAAGCACCUGGUGGUUUCAUCGUUGAAGAAGACAUGUUAAACAAUACAAAUGAAAGUGGUAAUAUCAUCGGUGCUCCUAAUUUACAACAAUUACCCGCUUCUCCGGAAGCUACAAGUCGAAUGUUCAAGACCAAUGAAAUAUUUGAAAAAGUGGAAGAAUCGGCAGAAAUUGAUGAUGCGAUGACAUAUGCUCCUGAGAUACAAUCCAUCGAAAUUCAACCCGAUGAAGCAAGCGUUAACAGUGAAAAUUUAUUGGAAUAUUUCGAUCAAGUUGCUACAGAAUGCAUUGAUGUCCCAUCAUUACCGCAAUCGAUAAAAAUUGCCGAAAAUACACCAUUUACAAAACCGAUCGAAUCAUUACAAUCAUUAUCUUUACAGAGGAGUUCAAAGAGUUUGACCCCAAGUGGAAGUCAACCACAGAUAAAGAAACGAAGUUCAUUGUUAAGUGUACUCGGUGUAACAAGUACACAAGAAAUGUUGUUAACAUUAACAUCACUUGAAGAUUUAUCAAAUGCUAUGCGUAAAGCUGGUUUACAGUCUACAAAUUUAAUUUUUGGUAUUGAUUAUACGGCUAGCAAUAAGUACCAAGGUGAACGAUGCUUUCAAGGGCAGUCUUUACAUUCGGUGGAUGCUUUUAAAGAAAAUCCGUAUCAACAGGUAAUUAAAAUCAUGGGGCGGAUAUUGGCACCCUUUGCUACGUCUGGUUUUAUACCAGCUUAUGGUUUUGGGGAUGUGAAAACGAGUGAUUGGUCAGUGUUCAAAUUAAAGCCUGAGGGUGAAUGCAGAAAUCUCGAUGAAUUAUUACAAGUAUAUGAUGCAAUCACUCCAACAAUAAAUUUAAGUGGUCCAACAAAUUUCGCUCCGCUAAUUUACGAAGCUAUUGAAAUUUGCGAGAAAGUUCAAGAUUAUCAUAUAUUAGUGAUAGUAGCUGAUGGACAAGUGACGAACGAAAAGGCUACUCGGAGGGCAAUUGUACGAGCAUGCCAACAUCCGCUGUCAAUUAUUGUGGUCGGUGUUGGUGAUGGACCAUGGGAUAUGAUGAAGGUAUUUGACGAAUCUUUACCAAGAAGACCCUGGGAUAACUUCCAUUUUGUUGAAUUUCAUGAAGUGAUGCAAAAAGCGAAUAAUAUCGAUGCCGGUGAACUAUCAUUCGCAGUACAAUCAUUAUUGGAAAUACCGGAUCAAUAUAAUACAGUUCGUCAAUUGGGACUAAUACGAUCAGUUUCACCAAUACCCGAACAUAAUCCAUAA